AUGCCUGUUCCAACGAGACCACCGCUCAGAAAAGCUCUUAGUAUCGGGGUUCAAUACUCUACUUUGAGGCAGUACGAUCUAGAGCUUCCUGGAGCAUGCAAUGACCCGAAGAUACUGUCAGACCUGUUAGUUGACAUUUACGGAUACGAGCGAGAACACAUCAUCAUUUUGAUGGAUGACCAUCCGAGUGUUGAUCGAAAACCUACUAAGGAGAACAUUGAGCGUGCAAUGAAUGAGUUGGUCGCCGGUCGUGCACGUUACUGGGCUUCCUCAGAGACUAAGCGCCUCUACAUCGACCAGUCUCUGGGCAUGGCGCUCAAAAAUGAUGGGUCUUAUGUCAUUCAAGUCAUCUGGCCCGCCGACGUGCAAUACGAUCCUGACGGCGACUUCGAGAACUACAUCAAGGACGAUGAAAUUCACGAUGUCUUGGUAGAGAAAGUCCCAGUCGGCGCACACUUCAUGAUGGUCUUCGACUGCUGCCACUCGGGCACGAUGGCCGAUUUGCCAUACGACAGCGAAGACUGUCCUCCACCAACGCCUUUGUCUGCGACGUCCAGCACCAGCACAACGUCGACGUACCCAAACAUUCAGAAUAUCCGUCUGCGAGGAUCGCAAGACGUCCAUACCGAGGAGGGUCUCCAACGCACCACAGCGCAGGAGGAAUUCCACCCCGCCGUUCCUGUCACUCACAACCUGGACGACGAUGCGCCAGCCUUCGCUGAUAUAGCUCUAGCGAAUGCUUUGCGUGAGUGCCAGCCGUUACAGAUAUGGAAAAGUGGUGCUGACGCCCUCCAAGGGCACAACCCGAAGGCGAGUCAUGCAGAGCUGCUGAGUAGUGUAUCGCAUGAGAUCGCGAAGAUCACUGCCAAGAUCAACUCGCAUCUCACCAGCGGUGAGCAUUUUGAGAUUACGCCGGAGAUGGAGAGUUUACAGUCCAUGCGGGACGUGAUGCAGACGCCGCUCGAUAUCUGA